AUGAGUGCGUUGUACGCUGAAGCGGCGGGCGUCCUCGAAGGCUUGUUUCGACGCAGCGGUGGCCUCAAGACGUUGACCUAUGCGGACAAGAUCAAGUCCAAGCGCAACUGCUUUGCGCUGGUGUGCCAAACGCUGCGGUACAAGCCGCUAUUGGACGAAUUGAUCGCGGCCGUGCCCGACCUCGCCAAGCAUCUCAAGAAGUCCACCAAGGCGGGCAAGCCAGACAAGGCUGACGCGAAGAAGGCCAAACACGUCACCGCGCCGUCUCACCAGGCGCUGUUUUACAUUGCCAUCUACGACCUGCUGUUUGGCAAGGACAAGAAGAUCCAGGGCGGCGGGUUCGUGAAAAAGACUGUGUUGCUGCAUGCGAAUGCGUUGAAAUCGGCCGUGGUGCGUAUGAAAAUCAAGGCCAAAGUCAAGACCGACGAAGACUUGCUUCCCGAAGAGAACCGCAUGACCCCCAAACUGCCACGGUAUGCGCGCAUCAACACCCUCCGGGCCACGGACAUCUCCGACACGUCCGAUCUCGCCAUCGUCCGGUCGUCGCUCGGCUUCGCAGCCGACUUGCCCGUGUCCGUGGACCCCCACGUCGGCGACAUCCUCAUGUUUCCCCCCGGCACGGAGCUUCACACCCACGACAGCGUCACGAGUGGGAAGCUCAUCCUCCAAGACAAGGCCAGUUGCUUCCCAGCAUUUGUUCUGCACGGCGAGCGCGGUGCCGACGAUUUCGGCGACGUCAUUGACGCCUGCGCGGCACCAGGCAACAAGACCGGUCACGCCGCCAUGCUCGUGGCGCGGAAACAAUCGGCGUCCGUCCGCCCCAUCCGCGUGUUUGCCUUUGACCGGUCCAGCCCCCGCCUCGACCUGCUCAAGCGGCGGAUGGCGGCGGCGGGUGCCGACGGCAUCGUCGAGCCGUGCUUGGCCAGUUUUCUGGACGUAGACGUGCACGACGAGCGGUACCAGCAUGUGCGCAGCAUCUUGCUGGACCCGUCGUGCUCGGGAUCGGGCAUGUCGAACCGGUUGGACCAUUUGCUGGAACUGAGUGCGAUGCAGCAAGAGAACGACGUCGAGCAGGAGCACCAAGUCGAGCCCAACGACACGGCCGCGCGGCUGCAGGCGCUAGCAGACUUCCAACUGGAAGCGCUCGUGAAAGCGUUUUCGUUUCCCCAAGUCCGCCGCGUGUCGUACUCGACCUGCUCGAUCUUUGAGACAGAGAACGAGCACGUAGUUGUGGCGGCGCUGGCGGCCAACCCGGCGUUCAAGCUGGUCAAGUGCCUCCCGACGUGGCCUCGCCGGGGGGUGGUCGUGCCCGGCCUGACGGAGCAAGAUGCCGACUGCCUCGUCCGGGCCAACGGUUUAGAAGACGGCACGAACGGCUUCUUUGUCGCGUAUUUUGAACGCAAGGGCGAAGUUCAUGGCCAAGAGGCUUCCGUAAAGCGACCACGGGAGAAGACACAAGCGCAGAAGGACCGAAAAAAACGAAAACGCAACAAGAAAGCGGAUAACGUGGCUGCAGGUGGUGGUGGCCAAGUUGCGGCAGACGAUGACGAAUAGCAUCGACGACCCACAAGUCUAACCGGCAUGAAUGUAAUAUAUGUUCCGAACGUUAAUGUUACAU